CCUCGAUGCGCGCGCCCCCGCUUAGGGUGAGGUCACCCUUUGAACCAGCCGGCGCCGCCUAAACCUGUUUUCGCGCGCUCCCUCCGCCAUUGCGUUGCCCGCGUCGACUUCGCCGCGCUGCUGUGCGGGCGUCCUCGAAACGCUGCUGCGUUCGCGCGGCUUUCAUCGGCGUAGAAUGCCUGGAUGUUGUGUUCCUCAGUGCUCCAACCAUUCGAGAAAUGGUUGGAGGAUGUUCCAUUUUCCAAGGGACCCAAAAAGGCGGCUUCUGUGGCUGGUGCGAGUCAAGCGUGACAAGUGGCAACCGACGAACUCCUCGUGUGUCUGCAGCGCUCAUUUCGAAGCCAGCAGCUUCGAACAGAACCGCGCGGAUGGGUGGAAGAAGCUCAAGCCUAAUGCUGUACCAACGGUGUUCCCAUUCAAAGAACUUCCUAAAGAGCGAAGGCCACCAAGGGAACGAAAUGCACACGUGCCUGCAUUAUUCAGUGACGACGCAGCCGCACACAAUUCUUCACGAGAAGUGAGAAACGUUCUUCCCUCAACUACGCAGGAAUUUUCUCCCGCUGAUUCUUCGUCAGACGGGGAGAUAAAUGAGAGAUUGGCGGCUACGGAAACCAACAAUGCUAAUGGGCAACUUACUUCGACCCCCAGGGAUGCACGGCUUCAAGAAACUGCAAUAGUUACUGCGACCCAACCCCUCGAUUCUGAGGCAGCUGAGCUUAGGAAGAAGAUUGCAGAUCUCACAGCAGCCAAUAAUAAGCUUAGACAACAUCAUAACGAAUCUAAGAACACUGUCAAAAAACUACAGAUGCAGGUACGCAAGCUGCAGAAAGAGGCAACUAAUUUCUCACGAAAUACGAAGUUUUUAAAUGAAGACCAAAUUCGUGCUCUUUCUCGGAACAACAAUCAUGGUAAUUCGUGGUCAGCGCAAACAGUAAAGCAAGGUCUAAAAAUUAAAUUUGCUUGUGGAACCACCGGGUAUGAAACACUCAGAAAGAUUGGCUACCCUCUUCCAUCCAGCAGAACGUUAGCAAGAAGAAUUCAGGGCCUGAAGUUUCUGCCAGGUAUCCUGCAUGAAGUGAUCGACGUCAUGAGGUCGAAAGCAGAGGGAAUGGAGGACGUGGAGAAAGACUGCGUUCUCUUUUUAGAUGAAAUGGAGAUAGCACCCGGAUUUGAACUCGACCGUGGCGAAGACGUGCUUCUGGGAGGAACGACGUUGCCCUCAAAGCCUGAAGAGCCAGCCAAUCAUGCUUUGGUGUUUAUGCUAGGUGCUUCUGCAGCCGGCGAAGGACCAUGCGCUCCAUCACCUUCCUCACGCAGGAUGUGA